AUGUUCAACACACCAGGAUCAUUACUCAUAUCUUCCCUAACUGCUAUAUCUUCUUUGGCUUGGGCUGCAGAUGUUGCAGGAACUCUACAAUUAGACUUUGCAGUCGAACGCACAUCAAGAGUUCUUAAUCACCGUUAUGGACACCUCCGUAGACGUGCUGUAGCAGGCACCGAAGAAGUCACUUUACAAAAUGAACUUACAUAUUACAAUGUUGAAAUCACACUGGGAACUCCAGCACAAUCUUUUAAUGUUCUUAUCGACACUGGCAGUUCUGAUCUCUGGGUCAUUUCUAAUCAAAACCCAUACUGCUCAUCAUCUUCAUCUUCAUCAUCAAUCUCUAGUGAUAGUACUUUUGACUGUUCAACUUCUGGAACUUUUGACUCAUCAGCAUCUUCUACUUUUAAUAAAAAUAACUCAGACUUUUAUAUCAAAUACGGAGAUGGAACAGUCUCAGAAGGCGAUUGGGCAACAGAUACCUUUUCCAUGGGUAACAUUACAAUUGACAAUAUGUCCUUUGGCCUCGGCUCUCUUACAAAUUCAACCAUUGGCAUUCUCGGCGUAGGUUACGCUGCAAACGAAGCAUCAGUAGCUAUUACAAACAAUGCUUAUACAUAUCGCAAUCUUCCAUUACGUCUUGUCGACUCAGGUUAUAUCAACACUCCUGCAUAUUCGCUUUGGCUCAAUGACCUAAAUGCUGAAACAGGAUCUAUUCUGUUUGGUGGUGUUGACCAUGCAAAAUACUCAGGUUCUCUUCAAACGGUUCCAGUGCUCAAAAGCUCUAGUUCAAAACAAUACAGCGCGUUUCUGGUUGCCCUUACUGAAAUUUCACUCUCAUCAAGUGGUGACAAUACUGUAACUACUCUUCUUAAUGAUUCCCCCAUUCAGGCUCUUCUCGAUUCGGGUACUUCGCUCAGUUAUUUCCCUCAAUCGCUAGCAAAUGAGCUCAUUGUCAACCAGCUCGAAGGUUCCUACGUCAGUUCUCUUGGUUAUUAUGUUCAAUCUUGUGAGUUGUCUGGCAACUUGACUUAUAACUUUUCUGGUGCCAACAUUGUUGUCCCGCUUUCUAGCAUUUUGCUUCCCCUGACUACAGAUUCCGGUCGUCAGGUGUAUUCCAAAGGUGGUGUACCUGUUUGCAUUAUUGGAAUUUUGCCCUUUUCGUCUUCCUUUGCGCUGCUUGGUGACACGUUUCUGCGCAAUGCCUAUGUGGUUUACGAUCUCCAAAAUAAUCAAAUCGGUCUAGCUCAAGCAAAACUCAAUGCUACCGAUUCAAAUAUUGAAGCAAUCAAAUCAACUAUUCCCUCUGCCACUCAGGCUUCUCUCUACUCAGCUACUUCUUCUGUCGCAGGCCUUGUUUCUGCUACUUAUUCUAAUAAACCCCGCACUUCUAUUAUAGAUGGCGCGUCAGGAACUAUUGCGCUGGGUUCUUCCACUGGCACUGCUACUGCCACGGCCACUUCUACUUCUACAGGCAAAUCUGCAGCAACUACUGUUUUGGCACCAUCACCAUUUUCUAUGGUGUCAUUGAUGGUAUUUUCAUUGUUAUUUUCUGCAGGCUUUUUCUGUUUUUUCAUUUAA